AGAUGGUGCUGUUUCUCCCUCAUCCGCUACCCUUUGUUUUUUCCGCCUGUCGCCCCUAGCUGCAAUCUCUAUCUUCUUGGCCAUUUUUAAAAAGCGUUUUAAUGAUGGCGGAGGACAGCGAGUCUGCCGCCAGCCAACAGAGCCUGGAGCUGGAUGACCAGGACACCUGCGGGAUAGACGGGGACAACGAGGAGGAGAACGAGAACACGCAAGGUAGUCCCGGUGGAGAUUUGGGGGCUAAGAGGAAAAAGAAGAAGCAAAAGAGGAAGAAAGAGAAGCCAAGCUCUGGGGGAGCCAAGUCGGACUCUGCCUCAGACUCCCAGGAGAUCAAGAAUCCUGGUUUGCCCAUUCAGAAGCUUCAGGACAUCCAAAGAGCCAUGGAGUUGUUGUCCUGUCAGGGCCCAGCAAAGAGUGUUGAUGACGCAACAAAGCACAAGUACCAGUUUUGGGACACACAGCCAGUGCCAAAAUUAAAUGAGGUGGUAACAGGCCACGGCCCGAUCGAAGCUGACAAGGAGAACAUCAGGCAAGAGCCCUAUUCCUUACCUCAAGGCUUCAUGUGGGACACUUUGGAUCUCAGCAAUGCGGAUGUUCUGAAGGAGCUGUACACGUUGUUGAACGAGAACUACGUGGAGGACGACGAUAAUAUGUUUAGAUUUGAUUAUUCACCAAACUUCCUCAAAUGGGCUUUACGUCCACCUGGUUGGUUACCUCAGUGGCACUGUGGCGUGCGAGUUUCCUCAAAUAAGAAGCUUGUCGGCUUCAUCAGUGCAAUUCCUGCUGAAAUACGCAUUUAUGACAUGUUGAAGAGGAUGGUCGAAAUCAACUUCCUGUGUGUCCACAAGAAGCUGCGUUCAAAGCGAGUAGCGCCGGUGCUUAUCAGAGAGAUCACACGACGGGUGAACCUGGAAGGAAUUUUUCAGGCGGUGUACACGGCAGGAGUCGUACUACCUAAACCAGUGUCAACGUGCAGAUACUGGCAUCGCUCUUUAAACCCAAGAAAGCUUGUGGAGGUCAAAUUCUCCCAUCUGAGCAGAAACAUGACCCUGCAAAGAACGAUGAAACUCUACAGACUACCAGAUAGCAUAAAGACUGGGGGGUUGCGGCCGAUGGAGAGGCGUGACAUCCGGCAGGUGACCGAGCUGCUGCAGAAGUUCCUGAAACGUUUUCAGCUGGCGCCUUCUAUGAGUGAAGUAGAAGUUGCCCACUGGUUCCUACCACAGGAAAACAUCAUUGACACAUAUGUUGUAGAGGGUUCUAGUGGCAUCCUGACAGACUUUGCUAGUUUCUACACAUUGCCCUCUACUGUGAUGCAUCACCCCCUCCAUAGGAGCUUGAAAGCCGCAUACUCCUUUUACAACGUUCACACACAAACGCCGCUGCUGGACCUAAUGAAUGAUGCCCUCAUCCUUGCCAAACUGAAAGGCUUUGAUGUGUUCAAUGCUUUGGAUUUAAUGGAGAAUAAAGUAUUUCUGGAUAAGCUCAAGUUUGGUAUUGGUGAUGGAAAUCUGCAGUAUUAUCUAUACAACUGGAAGUGUCCCCCAAUGGAACCUGAUAAGGUCGGCCUCGUCCUUCAAUAGCCCGUGUCUGUGGGCCUGCUACACACACACACGCACACACACACACACACACACCUAUACGCACACACACGAGGAUGUAGACACAACCUCUGGCAGUGCCGAACUUGCAUACACACACAGACCAUCUUUGAGCCAGAAUUUGAACACGACAACCUGCCCUGCUACUGGGGAGCUCUUGAAGCAUCUGGCUCUUGAAGGAGGAUGACUCAUCAUUCUGAAUGUGAACAUCAUGGUAUGGCUGAGAUGCUCCAAAACAGCUCUCCUUUUGAAAGGAACCCAUGUGGCAUGCACAGAGGAUGCCUUUUGACAUGUCAAUCAAAACCAGUAAGUAAAGAUGCGAUAUGUAAUUAGUUGCUUUUCUAUUUUCUUCUUCGAAAGAAGUUAUGUUGUCCCCAAAUACUUCUGCUUCUUAGCAGUGGAAAGGUUCUUAUUUCAAUGGCUGCUGCAGUGUAUAUAUUUUCUUUGUUGGUUACUUUGGAUUUGAUUAUGUUCUGGGUACAAUUAGACAUGUUGAGUAGUUUCAGGGAUGACUUGUACACUUUCAUCCAUUCUUGAAACCGAUUGCUGCAUUGGCAUUGAUAUUUUAACAAAAAACAAAAAAAUCGCAUGCCAUUCAAAACUUACUUAACAUUUUUGUUUGUUUGAAUGAAGAAUGUAUUCCAUUUAUGAAGCACAAUUUUUUGAGUUAAUGAAAGUUUUUGAGGCGGAAACGUAUUUGAAAACGUGCUACUAAACGGUACAUGUAAAGAGUGAAAGUGCGCUGCCAAUCUUGUUACACUGCAUUGAGCUCGCCUUCAAAGUGUACGUUUCCAUUCACAACCAGAAACACCUCCAGCAUCCUGUUUGUAAAACAAAUAGCUAACAAACGUUAUCACCCACAAAUGAGCAAAUUCUGUCUUCCCGUUGUGCUUUGAGACAGUAUUUAGUCAGUGACUUUCAGAGAAAAGAGCAUUUACACCUUUAUUACUAGAAGCUGCCCCAGUAUGGCUGCAAAUGUGGAUCAUUUCUUUUUGUCGUUGUUCCUAUCACUGUUCUCAUUCCCUCUUCAAAGAUUCCUUACCAAGAGAGUUAUGCGUUUCUGGGGAAUUAUGCUGUUUGAUUGAUUCCAGUUUCUUUCUUCAAUACUGAAUUAUUUUUUCUGCCAUGCAACUCUAAAUGCAUAGAAGUUAAAAUAUACCAAAUUCACCUUUUAACAAUCCAGACAACCUGAAAAUUGUGACAAUUCAUUGGAAAAGUUGCAAUCUAUUUGAGAUGUUUAAUGCUAAAGAUGUGUUCAUGCAGCACCACUUCAACUGAUGCUGGGCUCCUCUCUGUUUAAAUGAAGAAAAGCAGUCUGCUUGUUUCUUUUUAAGUGACAGGUGAACUUUACCACACUGACAUUGAUUGGCUGGCGGAGUCUCAAAUGUGUUGCCUGCAUCUGUGUGAAUGUUGCUGCUAUGAUUGUAUCGUGUUACUAGUGAGAACUCAACCCCCACCCCCCAAGUUCCUGCCUUACUUGGAAUAUUUUCGAUUUUUCAGACUUGCUAAACUAAAGGGGGUAAGGUGUACUUUAGAAACCACACAUACAGCUUUAUCAAACUGAAGGUCAAUAUUUUUAUUCAAAUCCAUUGUAAGAUGUGAGAUGGAAGGACGUGUACCAGCAUCAUUUACACAACAUGAGCCCAUGCAAAUAAUAUGUUUCAAUGCACACACCGCCUAUACCAGCAUGGACAUUUGAAUAAAUUCACUUUACAAAAUCAUCAAGGAGCAUUUUUUUUUUACAUGUGUUACCCCUCACAGAAAAGUUUUGGUGUUGCUUGAAAAUCGCAAAAUACAUCAUCGCCAGUCAUAGUUUAAAGUCAUACCCUAACUUCUUUGUUGGGGUUUCAAAUGAAAAAAUAACAUUGGAGAUUAUCUGUUUAACCUCUGAAUUUAACAGUUAUAAAUAUAAAAAUUGAAGCAAAUUUUAUUUGACACUUUGGUGUGGUAGCUCAUGACCCCUUCAUUGAAACUUGUUAUUAUUCUGCUUUUGAAUACAGAAUCCAAAUAUGUAUUUUCCACCAUACUAUGUUUGUGUGGUCUCUAUUCCUGUUACUGUUAAGUAUAAAUGGCACCAAAACUGGAUGGGGAGGACAAUGUUGACUCUGCAAUUUUCAGCCUUUUGGAGAAAUACUCCUUUCACACAGUGCUGGCAUUUUUCCACCUUCUAACACACCUGCUGAUCUCCUGUAUUAUUGACACAAACACAACACACAAUGUUCUGCUUUUGAUUAAGGUAUCAAAAGUAGUAUUUUUUCACCAUACUUGUGUGGGCUAACAAAAAAGACUUCUACCCUGACACAAACGGCAAAAUGGCGACAAACAGACUUAUAGGAAUUUAUUUGCCUCUCUUUGCUUUCAGCUUUUUGUUUGCAGGGUUGGGAACUAUUCUUUUCACUGUAAGUGGGUGCAGUGUGAAGGAUGAGGCAGACUCUUCACACUCUGGGUCCAACUUUCUUUUCUGGCUCGCUCUCUUGCUUCUCUCUGGUUGUGAUGCCACACUCGCAGUCUCACCUUGUAGCCAGGCAACAUCGAUUGAGGGAACCUUGGGUAUGAUGGCUUCCACGGUGUCAGUAAAACCUUCACUCCUGAACCCCAAUGCUAGGACACUCUUCAGGCCCAGCUGUUGCGCCACACUUUCGCUUAGCCGGGGCAACUGGCAGGCAGGGAUUCCUCUUGUGGCGCUCAGCGCCAUCAGGUGAUGAGUCAUGUGCUUUGGCUUGACAGACUUGCACACUAAAACCAGUUUGAGUUGGUUCCUCUCCAGAGCUUUGGUAACCUCGUUGAUGCCCACAGCUAGUUGUCUUCUCGCCACUACAUCUGUCCAGCCACUCUUAGGAGAAUCUUUCGUAUCCAGGUCUUUGCUCGUCUCUGGGACAGGAUCUGACAUAGAUGAGGGAGUUUUACCUCUGCCUUUUUUCUUCCACGGGCGAAAAACUUUUGGCUCUUUCUUUUCCAAACCCAUUGAAGUUAGUUUUUCUCUUAAGGUAGCCAGGAUGAAAUGUAUGUCUUGUUGAGGAAGUGGCCUCCAAUGCCGUGUGAAAGGGCAGGAGAAGGAGGUUUUGGGUGGAAUAGCUUUUAUUUUGGCCUUUUUGCCGCCUGACUUGCCUGGCGUAGACAUUUAUUCACUG